AAAACUUUGGCGAGGCGAAGAAAAAUCAAUACAAAUUAAUAACUUAGAAGAGUUUGUCCGACAACACAAAAGGGUUUAUGAGUGUUUGACUGUUUCUUGACUUAAAAGUUCUGUCAUUUAAUGUUCCCACCAGAUGAGCAGCCCUGCCCGUCCAGUUUUUCAGUGGUCAAGCAGUGAGUCCAUUGGAAGAUCAAAAUUCAAUUUUUGUUUGUUCCCCCCUUCUCCAAUCAUCCCAUUCUGCAACAACAGCAGCAACGCCAUCCCUAUUUGAUGGCGUAGACGAGCAUGGCCACGAAGUUCAAGAGUUUGUUGCAGAAACUCAAAACAACAUUCCGAUCGGGUUCCUCUAGAGACACCCAGGGCGCAGAGUAUUUGGAGCAGAUUGCAGCUAAGGAACAGAAGCUUAUUCCCUUCCAAACCUUAGCUCAAGCUACCAACAAUUUUCAUCCAAAUCACAAGCUCGGCGAAGGCGGCUUUGGCCCGGUUUACAAGGGAAAGUUAAAGGAUGGAAGAGUUAUUGCAGUUAAAAAGUUAUCACAUCAUUCAAAACAGGGAAGAAGAGAGUUUAUGAGUGAGGCCAAGUUGUUGGGUGGUGUGCAGCACAGAAAUGUGGUUGCUUUGUUGGGAUACUGUGUUCAUGGUUCUGAGAAGCUACUGGUUUACGAGUACGUCUCCAAUGAGAGCCUUGACAAGCUUCUCUUCAAAUCCAGCAGACGUGGAGAGCUUGAUUGGAAGAGGAGGUAUGACAUAAUCGCUGGCAUAGCACGAGGCUUGCAAUAUCUUCAUGUAGAUUCACAUAAUCUCAUUAUCCAUCGUGAUAUCAAAGCUAGUAAUAUUUUGUUGGACGAUAACUGGGUCCCUAAGAUUGCUGAUUUUGGAAUGGCCCGUCUCUUCCCUGAUGAUCAAACUUAUGUCAAUACUCGUGUGGCUGGUACAAAUGGAUAUAUGGCUCCUGAAUAUCUAAUGCAAGGUCGUCUAUCAGCAAAGGUAGAUGUUUUUAGCUUUGGUGUCUUGGUCCUCGAACUCAUCAGUGGCCAGCGUAACUCGUCAUUUGGCACAUAUUUCCAAGCUGAAAACCUAAUUGAUUGGGCUUACAAGCUAUAUAAGAAGGGCAGGAGUUUGGAGAUAAUGGACCCAACAUUAGCAUCCUCAGCUGUUCCUGACCAAGUGGCGAUGUGCAUUCAGAUUGGAUUACUUUGCACACAAGGUGAUCCAAAACUACGGCCGACCAUGCCACGUGUGGUUUUGCUCCUCUCAAAGAGACCUGGUACUUUAGAGGAACCAACCAGACCAAGAAUACUCGGUCCUCGACAUACAAAAUCUCAUACCAAAACUGCAUUCUCCUCCGAUGUUGGAACUUCUGGUGUAUCUUAUUCCUCGGCUUUGACCACCAAUACUGUAAGCGCGACCGAAAUUGAUUCUCGUGCUUCUUCAGUUAGUCGAGGACACGAUACUCGGGGGAAACGCCCCGUGGAAGGAUAAGGCCUCUUCUACUAGGAUCAUUCUUUUUGUAUACCACUUUUGUAUUACAAUGUACAUGUUGAGGUGGAGAGAUUUUUGCGAGUGUAGUUGGAUCGAUUCAAUUCAAUUUCUUAUUAUUUAUUCUUUGAAA